AUGGGCAUCUUCAACUUACGCUCCAAGCUCUGGUUGCCGGUGCUUGGAUUGACGCUCGUUAUAUUGGUAUUACGUGUUUUCAAGAAGCCCAAUGAGACGUAUUCGCCAGAGGAGAUCAAUGCUAUGUUCCAAGGUAAGGACUCUUCGGUGGGCGCUGUCAGGAAGGUUGAGCUUCGUGACCAGAGUCUUGCUAGACCGUAUAUUGAUGCUUCGACGCUCAGGUCGCCCAAUUGGAACUUGGCUGGGCCGUACAUGGUGAGAGACGACUCGGUUAGACUUGUCUCGGAUUCUCAGCAUCAGGCUGCCAAUAUGUUCUCCAAGUUGCCAAUUCAGGCUCAGUCGUUUGAGAUGGAGCUUACGUUUCAUAUUCACAGCAAGAACUCCAGGAACUUGUUUGCUGACGGUAUGGCUGUGUGGUUUAUUGAUAAGCCUUCGCCUAUUGGCGAUGUGUUUGGCGCUAAGAACUUCUUUAGGGGUUUGGGUAUUUUCGUGGAUACUUAUAGAAACGGCAAGCAGAGCUCGUUUCCGCAUGUUGUGGCGAUGGUUGGCGAUGGCCAGACAGAGUAUGCUAAGCAGGCUGACGGUUUUGAUACGAUGUUGGCCUCUUGCCGUGCUACCAAGGCUGUUAACCCAGAUGCUGGCAGUGUCCGUAUGAGAGUGGUCUACCUUAAGGGUGGUUAUUUGUCCGUGGACUUGAACUACGAGCCAGAGGAUGAUAAGAAGUGGCGGAACUGUUUCACGGUGUCUAGUGUGAGACUUCCCGUGAUUAAGUACUUGGGAAUCAGUGCAGAGACUGGUGAGUUAUCCCAUGCCGUCGAUAUAAUAGAAAACAAGGUUUAUGCCUUGUACCACCCAGAAUCUGACGACUGGGUGUCUUCGCUUGACGACUUCCAGAGAAUGGUCGAAAGACAGCAGGAUGAGAAAGAGGCUGCUGCUUUCUCUAAAGGAAAGAGAAGAAAGGCUACCAAGGCUGAGAGAAAGUCUUUGAGAAGACUCAGAGCUUCGGAGCGCAGAAUUAAGGAGCAAGAGCGUGCUGCAAGAAGUGCAAAGUAUGGUGAUCCUGAUGCCACAUUCAUGGUUAGACUUGGGCGCAAGUUGGCUUUCUUGUUCAAAUUCAUCGCCUUUAACCUCCUACUUGCUGGUGUCGGCUGGGUGGGCUACACUAUCUACCGUACAAAGAAGCAACAAAGGCGCUCGAAGGCGACAGGUUUAUUAGAUUAA